UAUAAUAGAUUGGUCUGCGCACAAUCAAGAAGAUUAAGGAAGAAAACAUAUUCUGUGACACUGACAAUAUCUACAAGAAUCUGAAAAUCUUAAUAAUGUAAUCUUCAAGAAUAAUUGCAGACGUUGUCACAGUCCUACAUAAACCCAACUCUGCAACCAUGCUCUAUCACAAGAAGGGAUUUGUUUUUUUUUUAAGAAAAAAGUAUACAGGAGUCGGCUCUGAUUUGGAUCCAGGACAGUUCAUGUUCAGAAGGAAGAAGGCAACAUUCAAGGUUGUUGUUCAUGGCAUUUCAGAAGAAAAUCCUCAUACAGUCAACCUUCCACACAAGGCUCUUUGCCAGAAAUUGCAAGGAGAUGCAAACCGGCGUGAGGGGGAGAGACUAGACAUGCAUCGAAAGGCCUCGCUGCUGGUUUUUCUGAAGUCAGCAAUCCUGAGCAGUGAUGGGUUGAUAUUUAUGCAACAAGAUAUUUGUGUGUGAUGAGAAGAUGAUGUCUCUACUUUCAAAUAAGUGGAAGGUGAAAACUUAUACAUGAAGAACUCAUCAACUUUCAAGGUAUUAGGAGUGAGCAAGGUCAUUCUGAAAAUGACUUCUAGAAAGCUUCUCGCCUUUAACAAUAAACUUCAUGUUACUGAAAUUAGAAAAAAACUCAUUGUGUAACUCAUUUUUAAGCAAAAAUAGUUUUAUAAUAAUCUUUAAGAGUGACAAUUUUUCUCUCUUUAAAAGUGGUAUGUUUAUAAGAAAUUGUAUCUUAGUGAUGGCCUCUCUACAAUGAAUAUUGUAAUCAAUUAUGAGAGUAUUAAUAAGAUUGUCUCUUCUUCUUA